CUUGAUUGGGCCUUGGUUGAAACAUUCCGCAACGGCUAUUAACCUUUUUGUUUUCUUCUAUAAAGUCACUUGUUUCGCCUAACCUCGUCGUCUCUAGAUUGAAAAAGUUACCGCUAAAAACAAUUUCAAGAAAAGCGCUCUUCGUCUUCUUCCUCUAAGACUCGUCUCUCUCCCACAAGAUCUUACCAAGAAACUACUCCAUUUUCGAAAGGAACAUGAACACUCUUCAACAGAUGAUCUUCCCUGACGAGAACGCUCCCAUUCAUCGCAAAAAGUCUGUUGUUACUGCUGCCGCUUCUGUGAAAAGUACGAAAGGAACUGUGCUUGGUCAGAAGAAGAAACCUGGAGGAGCUCGUAAGGCUCUCAAUGAUAUCACUAACAAGUCUGCUGGGGUUCAUCCCAAACCUUCUUCCAAGAACAAGCAACUUGCUUCUUCUGCAAAAUGCGAAACCAACAUAGCUGGGGAGAUGUUCUUGCAUGAUCACAGCAAAUGCAUCAAGGAGCAGCAAAGUCUCUGGGACGAUGCUGAUCUUCUGCUUCACCAUGAUUCUUCUUGCACCAAGGAUAAGAAUCUCAAGUACAAUUUGACUUGUGACGAACCAGAAGAGAUUCCCUCGCCCAAGUUGACUAGUUGCCUUAAGAGCUCAACUCCAUGGCGCUCCCCAAUCCGCCAUGGCUCUAUGAUGAUGAAGAUGCCUUCCACUCCUCUGGCUUGGCGGUUCGAUUCAGCUGAAUUCACACUCAAAGAAGACUAUGACAACCUCUUCUGAAUGUCUUUUAUGAGUUUUCAUCCUUCAGAUGAAGUAGUAGUAGCGACUAUCUCUUGUACUACUACUUUGUGUCCAUAAUUUCAUGAAAUAGAAAGCUGAAAUAUUUUCUAGUA